GCUGCUCCAUGGCAGGCUGUGUAGGUGCACGCUUUCAAAGUUUGACUGGGGAAUAGAGGGAGCAGCGAAGACGACAGCAGCAUCGACCCGUCAGGAAACACACAGAGACAGUGUGAGGGGAGUGGGGGAUUCAAGGACCGCAGCCUCGGCGAUAAGAACAAUAGGAGAUAUGAGUGAGCCGAUACCCGAUCUCUAAAUGGAAAACACAGGCAGGUUAAUGUAGCUCUGUGUUUCUCUGGAAGGAGGGACUCCCCCGGCUGUAGCCUCCCCCUCAGCCAUGCCGCUUGUGUUCCGCACGCUGCUCUUCGCCUUUGUAACGCUGCUGGUGGUGUUCCUGAUCAUCGGUGAUAUUGCAGAAGUGGAGGAAGAAACUGCAAGUACAGGACACUCCAAGAAGACAAACCUGCACCUGCUCAUCCCUAAACCACACAGGAAGAACACAGCACACGUGGAUCCAACUGCUUUGACGAACCUGAGCAAAGACAUAAACCAUCUCAAUCCAAGCUGCAAUAACACUGCCAGGCUCUCAUCAAACAGCUGGACCUUCAACAAAACGCUCUCCAAACUCAUCAGGAAGAAUAUUCUGAGAUUCCUUGAUCCAGAGAGAGACAUCUCUAUUCUGAAGGGCACGCUGAAACCCGGAGAUAUCAUCCACUAUGUAUUCGAUCGCCACAGCACCACAAACAUCUCAGAGAAUCUCUACCGUCUUCUGCCAACUGCGUCCCCCAUGAAGAAUCAGCAUCACAGGCGCUGUGCUAUUGUGGGAAACUCUGGGAUCUUGCUGAACAGCAGCUGUGGAGCAGAGAUCGACUCUCACGACUUUGUUAUCAGGUGUAAUCUGGCACCAGUUGCAGAUUACUAUCAAGACGUGGGCUGGCGGACCAACUUGGUGACCAUGAACCCGUCAGUGGUGCAGAGGGCCUUCCAGGACCUGGUCAGCGAUGAGUGGAGGGAUCGAUUCCUGCAGCGCCUCCAGAGCCUUAGUGGCAGCGUGCUGUGGAUCCCCGCCUUUAUGGCUAAGGGUGGAGAGGAGCGUGUGGAGUGGGCUCUCCGUCUCAUCUUGCUGCACACUGUGGAUGUACGCACCGCCUUCCCCUCGCUGAGGCUUCUCCAUGCUGUCAGAGGGUACUGGCUAACAAACAACGUUCACAUCAAGCGUCCAACCACAGGGCUCCUGAUGUACACCAUGGCCACUCGCUUCUGUGAGGAAAUCCACCUCUAUGGCUUCUGGCCCUUCCCCCUCGACCCACAGGGCAGACCGGUCAAAUACCACUACUACGACACUCUGAAGUAUGAGUACACCUCCAGCUCCAGCCCUCACACCAUGCCACUGGAGUUCAGGACCCUGAGCGCUUUGCACAGACAGGGGGCGCUGCGGCUCCACACAGGGAGCUGUGACGUAGAGAGGAGACAACUGGAGCUCCAGAAAAAUUAGAUGAAUGAAUGGUGUCCAUUUUUACCACUUUCUUAACUGGAAACUCCUUGAGAGAACUCCUUGAGUUUCCUUGGUACCCUACUUUUAUGACAUAACUUGAAUUAACUUAUUUUAGGUACUUGGAAUGAACUUUUAUUUUUUAUUUAAAGCUCUUAUAGUGACUCUGGUGGGUUAAAAAAACAUUUCUGAGGAGCAAUCUGUAAAAUAAUGCAACUUUUUUGUCCAUAUUGUUAAUGGAUCUUGCCAUAUCUAUCUCUUGGCUUGCUGUUUUCUUCAAACAGACAAUUUAAAUUGUCUAAAGUCCAAAAAGGGUUAAGUGUGGUCAUAAGUUAUUAAUUUUGGAGAAUGACCACAUGUUUCUGGUUUUAUUUGGCUCCAGUGAUAAAACAGAUUAAUAUUUUUUUUAAUUUUUGAUAUAUGAUAGGGCUCCAUUAAUAAUUUUAUCCAGCUAGUAAAUAGAAGAGCUGCUGAGUGAAUUGCUCUUGUGAGUCCCUGCUUGGGCCACAAGAUGGAAGCACUUAAUAAUCAGGGAGAAUGAUGAAAAAAAAAGACAAAAAAUAAACAACAUUUCUAGCAUUUAUUUAGAGACUGGUUUGAUUAGGAUCUUUUUCAAGAAUUCAUGUGAUGUUCAACUUGUGAUAGCAGAUUUUCCACUGACAGAAAACAUUUUGUAUCUUCAUAUUUUGCACCUUAAUGGGUGUUCACGGUCAAACAGGUCAUUCAAAGGGAAAACAACAAGGUUCAGUACAGCAGAACUGCCAUGUGAAACUGGUGACCCAGAGUGAUGUGUGAGAGACUGAAAGCAUGUUGGGUGUUUGCAAGGGGGGACGAGAGAAAGAGGAGGGCACCAGCUGUUCAUCUAAGAGUGUUUACUCAGACUUUUAGCUGACAGUUAGCUUACUUUAUCUUUCCUCCAAAAACAGCAGCCCUGUUUCUGCACAAGAGGAGUUAUUAAAGGAUGUGGUUGUGUUGUUUUAGUAAGAAAACCAUUUUUUAAUUAAUGAAUGUAUUGGGGAUAUUCUUAUAAAUGUAACACAAGAAAUGAGCCCCAUAAUGUGCUUUAAGCGAAAUCUGAUUAACCGUCAAGAACGGCUUUGUGCAGUAACUUUGAAGGUGAUUACCUGUAUGCCUUUAUUCAUUUGUAAUAACAUUAGGAUUAAUGUAUUGUGUGUUUAGGUCAGUAUUUAACUUUAUACAUAGAUAUAUAGGUAUAUUUAUAGAUUUUGUGCCUAAAUAUAUUAAGUACAUUUGCCCCUUUAAAUUUAGACCCUUAACAACCUUAAAUAAAAAUGUUCAUGGUGCAUCUGUUACAGUUACAUGACUGUUUAAAGCCAGUGCAGAAUCUCAAUUUUAUGUUUAUUUUAAGGUCAGUAACAGGCUGACUUGUGAAGCUAAUUUCCACGGUGUGACGUUAGGCUGGAUUCAACUUUACUUUAAACCUCUAACGCAGCAAAAGUAUUACAGUUUAGUCAAGUGUUUAGGUUUUCCUCUUCAGAUGAGAGUCUUAAGUAUUUUCAAUUAAAAAAUGCCUCCUUUUAUCAGAAUUAAGACAAAUAUUUGAAAUAUUUAGAGAGCCCUGCAGCUCAACAAGUAGCCUCUCAUGCGCUUUCAGCCAUGUGAUAUGUUCACUGAAGUGUUGUUUUGACAGGAUGCGUUUGUUGACUUGCAUGUUGGCCUUACUAUGCUGCCAGUUAAGAAUAAACAUGAAAGUAGUGGCAGAGACGUCAGCAGUCUGGGGCAAUGAAAGGUUUAUUUGUGCGAGCUCGUCUGAGCUUGGCAAAAAUAGAAACAUUCUGUGACCAACACAAUUAAGUUAAUUAACCCAGAAUCUGGUAUGUGCCACAAGUUAGAGAACUUUCCACAGACAUGUAGAUCUGCUCUUAAACAUCUGACAUGAAGCUGUAAUGACUGAAACACUGGGUCUUAUCUAUGUUUGAUGUCCAAUUUCUAACCUACAAAUGUAAGCUUUGCAUGUAUGUCUUGUCUUAAUACAUACAACUUGAGUAUAUCUCAUUUUUCUGUAUUUUAAAUGUUUAGUAUUAAUCAAGGACACUUUAAUUGUGUAGAAAUGACAAAGCGAAUGUACUUUUCUAUGACAGAAAAUACACAAAUGGACAAGAAAGGGAAAAAAGCAUCUCCAGUGUUUCUUUUAAGAUGAUUUACUGUUCCAAAUGAAGCAAUUUUAUUUCAGUAGUAUUUCAUAGAAAUGGAAACUAAGGAAACAGCUGUGGGUACACAAAACACUUCUGGCAGAUCCAAGAAGGGGCUUGUUUUCAAUAAACUUCCAAAAACUCUUUUAAUGUGUUUAGUCUUUAAAUGUGGGAUAGGAUGAAUUAGCUCGAGUGCUCAAACAGCUACCACAAACACUUUGAUUCUUUUAACAAGAGGAACUUUUCUGUAGCUGAUGAUUCAGUCCCAAUAAAAGUCCAGAAUAAGCAUCUUUACUUGAGGAGUGUUCUUCCACUAUUUACCCAAGACAAAAUAAAGCUGAAGAGGAAGAGAAGAGCUGUACAAGAGAGAGAAGAGAAACAGCACAGGCUCAAACAUGGUUCUGCUGAUUUCUACACAAUGAAAGACAUGAAAGAUGUCACAAAACUGAGAUCAACUGGUCAUAAUAGCCAGCUAUAAUACACAAUAUCAAAAAUGUGUCAACAGUUUGAUUUACAUUAAGAUUUCUAGAUGAUACAUUUUUCCUGCUCACAUCCUACAAUAAAUGUAUCCAGUUUGUCAUGAGAGCCAGUAAGUUUUUCUAACAGUGAAAAAUACAGAGUGUAUUUCCCCUGGGAAGGAUACUUAGUAUUGGUUGUGCAGGACUAACCACUGUUGUUUUUUUUGUUUCUAUUCUAUGGAGGUCAUUUGGAACCAGCUGCACAUGUAGACACAACACUGUCAAAUAACAGCAUGGAUUAAAACAGAAGGUCACCUGUAACACUCACAUUCAAAACAGGAAAUACAAUCUUCAUUGGUUUUAGUUCAUGGUAAAAUUGUUUUGAACUUAUCUUAAGUACGAAUGCACAAUUUUGGAUUUUUGACAAUAUCUGAUUGGCUGAUAUUUCCAUCUCAUUUUUGCUAGUACUGAUGUUUAUAUCGAUAUAAAACCCCACAAAUGUUAGCGCUUGCCUGAUACAGUGACGCAGUGAAUGGGUGAUGUUUUUCAAAUUUUCUGUCAUUAUUUCUGAAAAGGUGCAGUCUGCAAUAUUUCGCCUAUCAGCACUGAAAAAUUGUAAAAAUUAAAGAUAAUAUCUACAGUAGGUCUAUCUUAGUGUUUAAUUUUCUGAAUAUAGGAAAUUGUUUUAAUUCCUAUUAACUUGGAACAAAUCUUUCUUCAUAUAAGACAAAUGUCGCCUCCAUGGGUUACUGUCAGAAGAGAGCAAUGCAAUCUGACUGUUAGAUGUUGCUAAUACUCAAAAUUUUACACACUGUACCUUAAAAAAAACCUACCAUCUACAUUCAAAACAAUAUUUCUGACAUUAUUUUUACCUGCCCCAAUUUUUAAUGUGAUGUUACCAUUAGCCUGUGGCUAUAGUGCAUCUGAAAGCUGUUUACCAGUAAACAGCAAAAUAAGAAGAAAGCAGUACUGUCCAGUGAAAUGAGAAGAGUCUGGCUGCAGACCAUACAUCUCUUGAUGGCCAGACCGUUCAUUUGGGACACCGUAUAUCUCAGAAAGAAAGUAAUUUGAUGGUGCAAAGCAUGUGCAGUUUUAGACCUUUUUUUCAACUUUAUUCAUAAACAAAGUUACAUUCAUAAAAUAACCACAUUGCAAACAUUACAGACUAAGAAACAUUUCACAAAUAAAAGAAAAAGAUCAGCAGUCCAAUCUGGGAUGAAAUUAUGUUUAGUUAGCUAUCAUAGCUAACAUAGUUACGAUAGCUAUGUAAUUAAAAUUACUACAGAAGCCAAUGUAGCUGAGUUAGCAUUAGCAACCUGAGCUUUAGUAAACGCAGCUCAAACUAAUGUAGCUAUGUGGAUAAUGUACCUACGUAGCUUACAUAGCUGCCAUGUGAGCUUAGCUUUAGCUACGUUAGCUACCUUGCUCUGUUAUUUAUAGCUAAGUUAGCUCUAGUAACGUAAGCUUUAGCAAAUGUAGCUAAAGCAAACUUAGCCAUGCAGACAAAAUAGAUACGUAGCUUACUAAGCUGCUUUGUGAGCGUGGCUUUAGUUACGCAGCUCUGUGAUCUACGUAACUCACGCAGCUAACAGAGCUAUGUAAGCUGUUUACAGCGCUAAAAUGUUUUCAUGGAGGACAAGCUUUUUCCUUAUUAGCAGACUGUCAACUCGGCUAUAUUAAACGCUUUGCAUAUCUGGUUUUUGACUUUUAACUUUUGGUAUCCUAGCCCUUACAUUACCCUAAAUGGAAGUUUAAUCUGAAUUUUAUUUUGAAAGUUUUAGCGUAUAUUUCCAUUCUGAGAUAUAUGGCCUCUCAGGCUGUGAGAGUGUCGCUCAGAAAAGAACAGUCUGCAGCCAGACUGUUUUGAGUGAAAAAGAUGGGAAAAAAAGGUAAAGUAAGAAUUUAGCCUCACUUCCGGAACAAUCUAUUCUCCACUUUUAAUGUAAACAAUCAACUAAUCAAGCAUUAAACUUAGUGUUGUCAAGUAAAGUAGAUUGUCUCUAAACCUAAAAAGCAUAUCAGGCAAUUUCCAUUAGGCUAUGUGUUAGCAUCAAGCUAACAAAUGCAGAAGUACAUCCCUGUCCAGCUCUCAGGAUCCUUGAAUUUUCUUGCACAUUUUCUCUUCCAAUUACUACCUAUUUACUGUUUUCACACCUGCCAUUACUAAAUCAACUUUAUAGCUUUUAUCCGCCAAUACCAAGACUAUACCGAUAAAAUCAUGCUUCCCUCAUCUAAUUCCUUAAAUCAGACCUUUGGUUCAAUACUGUGCAUUGAAUUUAAAUCAAUGAUGUUGAAACGCAAGGUAUUUGAGGGUUUCAUGACGAUUUGGUUUAAAUCCCUACUAGCAACCACAGCUAAGAAGUACUUAUUACACAUUCAGAAUCAAGAUAAAAACAUUUAGAGAUAAGAUUUUUUUUUCUUUUUGCUCAGUCUAACCAAGAUAUUGCAUCUAACUGAAGUGAUAAAGAAUUUUUAAAACAAGAAUCAGUCCAGUACACAGAAACAGUCUUGAUUACAUGAGUCAGUAAGCCAUUCAUAGUGUUAUUGUGGAACUAAUUUUAGAUUUUUAACUUGACAUAAGUUGAUAGAACAUUUUUUAAAUGAGCCAGUGUAUGUUUCAAACAUGUUAAACACUGAAACUGCAUCUGUAGUCUUUCUGUUGUUGACAAAGAUCAGUGGCAACUUCAUAGUGAAAGCCUGUAACAAACUGUUUAGAUCAUUUACAUUCAUAACAAAUGGUUGUAUAAACCAGUGGUUUCCAAACUUCCAGAGACAGGGGACCCCCCAGUGUCCCCAAGGGUGGUUGAGGGACAGUUGAACACAGUGAUGCACAUUAAAUAACAGUCAUGUGAACAGUCAAUUUUAAGGAUUUUUUUAAAACUUACUUUGAUUUAAGCAUAAAUGACCAUGACCAUGUUAUUAUUUUAAACUGAACUAAUAGUAUGCAUAUGUUUUUUUUUUUAACAAAAAUUGGUAAAAUGCACAAUUUAAAACCACUUAAAAAUAUUCUUUGUUUUUUAGAGGGCAUCUCGCAACCCCCCUCUCAGUGUCUUGUGACCCUCACUUUAAAAACCACUGAUAUAAACAACCAGCUAAUCUAACCUGACAACAGCACUUAAAUUUGGAUUCAAACCUUUAAAUACUUUUGCUGAAAUAGCAGCAAAACAUUUGUCAACACUUCGUAAAAAAAUAGACAUUUACAUCAAAUAUAUGGACAGUGAUCAUUCAGUGCACAUGCACAAUAAAGUGGUUAGUAGACAGAAACAUAUUUGGUAUGAAAGUUAAGGAAAAUAGUCCAUUCUUGGUGUGCAAAAAAACACAUUUUUUUACGCUUUGUCACACAAAAUUUGCUGCAUUAGAAUGCACAGUCUCACUGAUGGACACUAAAUAAGUAUAUUCUAAUCUUAAAGUGUGAUUAAUCCUUCAUUUCUACAUGAGUGAAGACUCAAACCAGGCAUAGCUCCCAUUAAACUCAGUUGCCAGAGAAACUGUAUGAUGUCAUGAGGUCCCCUGAUGUUUAAUCUUAGAGAGAAGUGGGCAGGUAUUUGGGCCACAUGAUAUAGGCAUCAGUAAAGCAGCGACAACCAUAUCUCUGUGGCUCCAGUCCUUUAAACACAGAUAAAAGCCAUGCACAAGCAGCAGAGUAGUUGCUGAUUUGGUCAGACUUUACAACACAUAAAGAGUCGAGGAAAUCACAAGAGUGGUCCCAGGAAAAACAGAAGUUAACAAAAGUUGACGUCCACGCUGGGUU